UUCGUACGUAUGUGUAUUUACGGUCGUGGCGUAUCGCGUAUCGAGUCGCCGCCGUCGCCGCCAUUCGAGCGGUUAGCGCCUGCGUACAUCUUGUUUACAACUGCGGAGCUUACCAUACACAUGACCUUUACAAGAUGGACAUGAGCGCCUAUUUAGCUGUCUAUGCGUGCGACGGAAAAAAGUUCAAAAUACGUGCGUGUUGUUCGUGAACGGUGCUGUGUACAGGAGAAAACGUAGAGUCAAGUGAACAUCAGUUCGGUUAUUAUGAAAAACAGUCAAGCCACAGGUCGUGAUCACAAGUGACGCGGUAUUUGUCGUUCGCACGCGGGCGGAAAGGGGGAAGAGAGGGAUGGUGGGUACGAAAGGAGACCCAAAUUUUUCACAUCAAGCAGAUGUAAUUAUCAUGAACGGAUUUUCCGUGUGUACGAUCGGGGAUUCGUGUUCAGGGCGAAACGUGCACGUUGCUGCGGACUCGUUAACUACACCGUGAACUCCAUUUGUGUGUUCUUCCCGUAAAGUGUUCGGUAUGUAGGGGUGUGGGAAGAGGAGUGCGUGUUCUCUCACAUCGACCUGGAAUGUCGCCGUGUUUUGAUGUGCCUACCCAUUGCGCAUAAAAAAAAUCCUCCUGCCCUUGACAAUAGCCUAUUUAUCUGGAGCAUACCGCCUUUACACCGCGCCAACCAACGAUAAUAAGGGUUCAACCACCCACCUGCGUGUGCGUCGCCUGCGUAUCCCUCUCUUUCUCUACCUCUCUACGUAUUUCUUCUAAACGUACUCGCAAACGAGCAAACAAACGAGUGGCCAGGAACGCGCGCGCGCGCGCUCGCGCGCACGUUUCCGCGUGUGUUGUGUACACGUGAACACGCCCGCGUGUGUCUGUCUCUUUCUCUCUCUCUUUUGUAUCGUCGUCGUGUGUACAACCGUUUCUUUAUAUGUGGCUCGCUCGCUCGCUCGCCUGUGUGUACGUAUACGCGCCAACCAUUGUGGACCACGCAGUAAAUUGUGUUAUUCGACGCGAUAAACAGGUGCACGAGCCUUGUAGCCCAGAAAAACAAUUCUCGGAGGUUCAACCGUUUACCUGAUAAAGAAUAUUCAGCUGACUGUAAAAUACACGUAAACGGUAGCAAAUAUUUUUUUCACCUUAAACCGGGGACCGAUUCGCUUUAGAGUACCAGAGCCCACGAAUCGCUGGCGGGCUAAAUUAGAGGAAAACGUGUGUGACAGGUGGAACACGGACCUUCGAUGAACCACCAUCGCGGAGAACCCGUAGGUAAAUACAUGGCUCGUGUUUCCCGACGGUCCGAUGUACAAUCGUUCACGAUAUUCGACGUAUAAGCUGGCAGCUCCUUAAAUUCCCAAUCUUGGAAAACAUACCGAUUAAUCGGUGGACACGUCUUCGCCCUUAGCACGAUUAUUGCGACGCCCUUAGUACACGUUGGGUACACAUGCACCGUGGUGGCGUGUUAUUGCUUAUUUACCCCCGACACGUGCUUCCACCGUUAGCGUGCUUCGAGUACAACGAUAUCGACGACAACCUUUCCACGAUAAAAGCAGGACGAACGACACGUUGUACGAAAUAAAACAAUACGAUACAGAGUUUACGAGAGUUUUCUUUUUUUUUCUCUUUCUUUUUCAAUGAAAGACCAUUUCUCGAAUUCCCGUCAUGUGCGUGAAAGUGACGAAACGUCGCUGGAUGGACUCGGAUAUUUUCGCUGUGUCUCUCAAGCAAUAAUCGUCCAGAACGGAAGUGUUUUCCCCGCACGAUCUCCUUCGACAACGUGGAUGGAGGCAUACGUUCUGUUACGAUGAACCGUCAGGGUAUCAUGUUCUGGCACAGGAUGCGUAUAACGAAUUGAUUAUUAACGGCGCACCGUACCAUGCGAAUGGUACAAAAUAGUGUCAUUUGAGGACUCGCAAGAUUCUUCGCAACGACGGCCUUUUUGAUCGUUACCGCGGCGAUGUCUUCGGGCAGGGGUUUAGUCUCCCCUUCAGGAGGCCCCAUUGUUCGCAGCGGACACGUAAAGAAACUGAAAACCCAAAAGAAGAAGUACUUCGUUCUGCGAGGCGAGGCGCCGGGAUUCCCCGCCUGUCUCGAAUAUUACGAUAGCAAAAAGAAGUUCGACAACAGGCAUCCGCCGAAGCGUAGCAUCUUGCUAGACAGCUGCUUUAAUAUCAAUAAACGCGUGGACACCAAACAUAAGCACGUUAUCGCGUUGUACACGAAAGACGAAUGCUUUUGCCUGAUCCUUGAGAACGAGAAAGAGCUGAAUGAUUGGCUGAAGGAGAUGCUUUUACUUCAGAGCGGAGAUGUACCCGAUGGAGAGCAACCUCGGCCUAUAUUUGAACAUGUAUGGCAAGUUACAAUGCAGAAAAAAGGACUUGGCGAACGAAAGAAUAUUCAUGGUCCCUAUAGGCUGUGUUUAACUGAUCGAAUAUUAAGUCUGGUGAAAAUUGGGGAAACGGAUAGUUCGGAUUCUCUUGACUUUCCUCUGGUUUGCAUCAGACGAUGCGGGCGUAUGGAUCGUAUCUUCUAUAUGGAAGUAGGUCGUUCAGCAGUCACUGGUGGUGGAGAGUUAUGGAUGGAAGCUGAAGACAGCAACAUAACAAAUAAUAUGCAUGAUGCUAUCGUGAAUGCUAUGAGUAGUUCUAGAAACAACAAAGAUGAUGUGGGACCACAGCAAAGGACACGUAGCUAUACUGCGACUGAGGCCAGCAAACCAAUCUUUGUCUUGCAAUGUCGUCAUGCUGGGCAAAAAUUUCAUAAUUUUUCACCGCUUGAGGAACAGAAGACCCACAAGGAGCAGGUGGAACCAGUUCAGGAACAGGAGCAGUCUAAUCAGACUCAGAGUACCUCUUCUAGCAAUACAGUCACGGCCGUUGCUGGUACCGGGGCUGGAACUGCUGGGAUUGCCUCGACUAAUAUCAACUGUGCCACUACUACUAGACGUCGUCAUUCGGUAGCGAGUCAUCCCCAUUCCCUCAAUAAUUCCCAGUCCAUUCAUGUCACAACAACAACUACAACCACAACAACUACCACUUCUAUUACCAUCACUACGACUGCUACGGUGACCACCACAACCACAACCGCGACAAUAUCCCAUCAGAGAACCCUGUCGCUGCCCUUAGCUGCCGUUAUUAUCAAUCAAAUGCAAUCAUCUAAAAGAUCAGUUUUACGCUGUCCAAACGUGCGUGACAGAAGCGACAGCUUACCGUCAAGGGCCCGCACUACCAGUGAGAGUCAUCCUACAUCGGUGCAGAGUCAUCCUAGGAAUGCUCAUUUUGUACCUCAUAUCCUGAGACCCCACUCAAUGUAUGUGAGAGGAGGCCUUUCCUAUUCACCACCGAUCACUUCGAUGCCUACUAGUCCCGGUUCUGUAGCCUGUUCUACGGAUUCCGCGGGAUCAUCCCUCUCGAUGGACGACGGUGGUGAAAGCGCGUUAGAAGAAAGCGCGGUAUCGAGAUAUGGACAUUCGUUGACGCCUGACGAACCAGUCAUAUUAGAGGAGAAUGGCGAUGAUUAUGCUCCAUGGUGCGUGUCGCAUUCGCAUAAUAAAUAUUCGCCGAACUUUAAAUCUCAUUCUCCUUCGCAGAGUUCCUAUAUAGAUAUGUACAGUCCUGGUGGAUCGAGUCCUGGUCGCGGCGGAGCCUACAUGCAAAUGAAUUUAGGAACAGGACAUUCGCAUUCGCGAGGGUCAUCCUUAAUCGAGGAAAGCAACACUUUACCAGAGGGUUAUGUACCUAUGGCGCCCGUUGGAAACAACGGAUACGUCGAUAUGGAUCCUUCGCAUAGUCAUAACGGCCAUUUUCCUGACGAUAUGUCGCAACACGGUGGCAGUAGCUGUUCUGUUACUUCCGGUACACCUAGUACAGACUUACGGUUCUCCGAAUAUCAUUUGGAUAAGGUCACGAGUUUUCUACCUCCUGGAGAUGACUUAACUAGACCAGUCAGAGCCUACUCAAUUGGUUCUCGACCAGAACCUUCGAAUAGGCAUCGUAAAAAUAGACUGGAUAUUACUCAACAAGAAGCCAGCAGGGUACGAGCCUUCUCUGUAGGCAGUAAAUCAAGAAAACCUGAGAUUGGAAGAUUCGCGAGUAUAAUAAAUGCAUUACCAGUGGGUUCGGAUAAUUCAACUUCCAGCAAAUCGAAUUCAGCGCCAUUAUUGUCCAGUUCUUGGGGACAUAACUCUGGAUGUUCUGUAAACUCUGAACGAAUGGAGGAUUUAAUGGAAUUGGACUUCACGAAACCUAGUAUUUCUACGACUUUCAAUUCAUCGCCUUCGUCAUAUUCGCAGUCGCAAUCACAGUCAUAUUCUUAUUCUACUGCCACUGACACCAGUUCCUAUGUUGAUAUGUCUCCCGGACAACCGCCCUUAUCAACCAUUGCCCCUUAUGUUGAUAUGAGCCGCAUUAAUAAGAUCAAUCGUAAUAACAAUAAUAAUACAAUCACUGCCAAUCAAAAUCAUAGUCACAUGCAUAUAUCAUCUUCAGCUUCUACACAUAAACCUAUAAUUACUACUUUGAAGCCGGUGGAGGAAGCAGAAACGCCAUAUGUAAGAAUGGAUGGAGUAGUUGAAGAUUGGUCUCAAUCCAACGCGAGUCCUAAGCAGAUUUCAUCGCCUAUGCAAGAAGAAUGUGUGCAAUCAAACGGACCACCAGGCGUAACGAGGACUGCACCAGUUGAUCUUCCACGACGUCCACCUGUCGAUUAUGUCGAUAUGAAUUUUAAAUCCAGAACAAUCCUAGAACAAGAUUAUAUGAACAUGGAUAUGAGUAAUCGAAACAAUCGCAAAUCAGCGCGGACAGGUAGUCGUAAGGAAAAAUCACGUUCUCAGCCGAUUGCAAUUCAAGCAGGGAACAAACCAUUAAAUACACCUAACUUCUUACCCUUAAAUGGAAGUCCAGAAUCAGAAAGUUUAGCAAGUACACCUGCAUCUCCUCCACGGGCAACUCCAACAGGUUCUUCGGCAACUAUUUUCCCUUUCUCUCUGAAUAGUCCUCAGUCGCCGGAAAAGUCUUUCGGCCAUCAAAAAAAUAACGACGAAUCGUCAGAAUUGAGCAUAACCUCCAAAAAAGACCGAGCGAUUAUGGAAACCGCGAAUAGAGUCAAUUCUAUUCCGGUGACGGAAACGAACAAUAGUUUGUCGAAAGUAAUCAAUGAUAGACCAUCUAGUCCUACAGGAAAGGAUAAUCGAAUGAUAUCUAAUUUAUUAUCAUCGCAAGAUAAUAUGUUGAAUUCCGUAACGAAAAACUUUUCUGAUUUAAACUUGUCGAAGCCUCGUUUAAUAACUGCGUCUCCUAAUACCAGUCCCACGUUGUCCGGGUUUAAGACAACGGAAAGUACAACAAUUGAAAAGCAGUCUUCGUCAUCGAAAAUACCGGAGGAAACACCGACACCUACGCCUACGGCCACGUCAAGUCCAUUGGAUAAUGAAAUUUUGGAUAAAUUACAGUCUGAUAAAACAAACUUGCACUAUGCUAGCCUUGAUCUUCCUGAGACGGGAAGCACGGCGCCUGUCUCGCCAGCGACUCAAGAUAGCUUCAAUUACGCUGAAAUUGACUUCCAAAAACUUAAGCCAAACUAAAAUGCCAUCUUGGAUACGAAUUGUAGUUGUACGGUGCAACGUGUCAUAGCCUUGCUCAAGCGCAGAUGAAUAUUACAGGACGGAGGUAGCUGAACAGGAUGGAUGAACGAAACUAUAACAAACGUUUGUAAACAGAAAAAGAAAGACAAAAAAGGAAAUAUACUUCUACCUACGUAGAGGAAGCAGCCAAUGUGUUUCCCAUAUCUCUUCCGCUUUACGUGAGCUCACGCAAUACAAUCGUCAUCUGCUCUUGAUUUAACUAGACGUGUCUUGGGAUGCUGGAUUGACUCGUUGUUUUGUCUGUUGUUGGAGAACGAACAGACACGGCAAUCGAUCGUUCUAAUAUUGGCCGAGUUUUAUGGACGAAUAGCCAGGAUGUCAAAUACGAACUGUACAUAGUAAAUUUUUUUUUUUAUCCCGACCUUGAAUCAUGACUGUUUUAUCAAUCGUAUAGUCCUGACUUUUCGAGAGCGAGAUU